AUGUCGUGGGGUCCGGCUGGUGCAGCUCGGUGGUUUUUGUGGCUGUUUCUCUAUGGCGUGGUCGGCCUUCGCGAGGAAGGCCGGCUCACGCGGAUGCUGAAGGAGGACACUGGCAGGUCUGCAAUGUACGACACCGACAUGAUGUAUGACUUUCUCACACUGAUGGCGCGAACACCGCGACAACACUGUGGGGGCUCCUUGGAAUCUGUUGUCCCGAUCAGCAUGGCAUUGGAGCACAAGAUUCGAAGCAAGAUGAUCAGCUUCUUCGUUACGAGGAAUGUCAACGGCAAGCAGGUUCUUUAUGGGCAUGGUGCCGGCUGGAAGGAGUUUCAGGACAUGACUGGGCACAAGGUGCUGGGACGCCUUGUGAAGGUGGGUGAGCUCGAUGUCCACGACUUCACGUCCUUGAUGGAUUUGGCAGCACAUUUCCGCGUGCGAGAUCGUCCCAUACGGAAGAUGACCUUCGACUUCGGCAUCGACCUCCGUGACUGCUGGGCUGGCUUGGAAGAUCUCGAAAAUCGAGAUGUUUGCGACAACCGCUCGAUUGCUGAUCUUGCGCAGGACGUUGCAGGCAUCCAUGCGCAGAGAGACGCCACAGGGAGGAGUGGCUCCGCAAUUGUUACGAAUAUGCGUCGGUUCAUCAUCAAGAACUUCAAGGACGAUGAAAAUCCACACAUUGUGCGUGAGGUGAUGCCUUCUCUGCGCAUGAAGCUCCAGGAAGAGAGCCGGAAGCACGGAGAAGGCUGCUACAGGACGGCGAUCGCUCCCAUUUGUGCAGUGCUGGACCUGCCCGACAUCUACAAGCGGGUGCACUGGAGUGUCAUGCGCAAAGUGGAGUUACCCGCUGCCAUGGCCGAUCGCACGACGAUGUUCAUUCCAGAAGAUUCUAGCCACGAUGAGAUAGAGUUCCUGGAUCUCAAAGGCCCCAAAUUUUGCGGUAUUCGGGACGGCAAAAGUCACUUCGGAGACGCAGUGGUCUCGCACCGAAAGGAUGCUGGCUUUACGGAUCUUUUCCCCUCUGGCCUGCCUCUGCAAGCUUGUGGCAGUCGAGAGGCUGCAGCUACUCUGGAGCUGGAUUCUGAGUUCCUCCGGGACUUGCGGAUGACGGACUAUUCGUUGUUCCUGGUUCCAUACACAUUGCCACCAAGUGCAUCGUGCCAAUGCCAGCACCAAAAGCCUCGAUGGCCGCUGAUUCUGGAUGCGGACCCGACAGGGCGGUCCUUGCGCUUUGCCGUGGGAAUCAUUGAUUACUUGGAGCGACAAGUCAGCACGUGGGACCAAUGGCUUCCUUUCUCGAUGAGCACGAUGAAGCCGCCUGGUGAAUAUCAGAAUUUUUGGAUGAGGAUGUGGCCCAUGUACUUCCACAUACCCAGAUAUGCUGUGAACGGCGACGGUCAGGUCACACUGGCAAAUGACCCUUCAGCGAUGCCCGUAGACGAGCUGAAGCGACAUUCGCUAGUUGCAGCGCUGCAGAAGAUUAAAUGGAGGGGCGAGUCGGCCAAAUAUCGCGCCGAUCUGACAAUCGACAAAGCAAGUUACAAGUGUUAUUUUGCCCAGAUUCCUCAGAUGUCGUCAUCCAGUUCUGGCAGUGGUUCCAAGUACAAGGUGUAUGCAGGAGACCGUGGCGAAGUUCUCCGAUUGGCCCCCUGUGCUGGUGAUGCUGGCGAUACAGUGGCCAGCAAAGUUGUCGUAAGUUGGGAACGGUACGCAAACAUAGGCAAAGUUUUCGAGGUCUCACCGGAGCAGAUCAUGAGUUGGAGCUGA